AUGAAAUCGAAACCAUUUUGAAAGAGAACGAGGACUUGAAAAGCAAAAACCUGAGCCUUGAGAUGCAACUCAAGACGGCUGUGGAACCGAGCACGGUCUUGGUUCCUCAGAGUGAAAGCAGUACUGUCGACUCGAGCGCUCUGGAGGAAUCGGCCAAUAAGCUGAGAGCUGCCAAUGACCUCUACAGGAAGGUCAAACAGGACCUCGAAAGGCUAAAAGAAGUAUGCGGUCCCAAAUUUUUGACUUAAUCCAGGAAAAUAUGCGCCUGAAAGCCGAAGUGGACAGCAGAUCUCCUCAAAAGUUUGGCAGGUAUACAGUCGCAGCUCUUGAGGCUAAAAUUCAUCAGUAUGAGCGGGACGUGGCGCAGCUGAAAAGAGCCCUGGAGCGCAGCGAUAAAUACAUCGAAGAGCUUGAAGCCCAGAACCAGAGGGACGGCCCUAAGUCUGAAGAAGGUGUUUGUUCAAACGCUGCCUCUGGAGGGACUCAAAAUGGAGGGAUUGAAAGAAUCGCCCUGAUGCGAAGGAGCCUGAGUGAAAUGGAAGAAACUUCUGUUUGCACAGACCUGGACCGAAAGUGUUCAGAGCUUCCCAACAACCAUGGGUGCCUCCUGACAACUUCUGAUGUGUGCCAAAGGGUAGGUUUUCUAGGAGGGACCUUGACUCCACAGAACGAUGGACUCAAAGACAUUACGGUUCCCUCUACGCCCUCCUCGGCUCUCAGAUCUCUGAGCUUGAAGAGUCCUGCUGCGGUUUGUAGCGACCGAAAGUUAGGUCUCAAACCUCUCACUUACCUGAGAAGACUCAGUUUUGAUGAUUGCCAGGGCCCAACCAGCUCAUCCUCAGUCAACCAAAGCCCAGGAUCCUUCCAAGUCAACAAAGGUGCUCCUUUUGGUGAGAAAACCACUGUGAAUUUGAACAAAGAGGUCUUGUGUGGAGGCUGGAUGGACUGCGGACCUGAUCUUCCCCGUUUGGAUGAAAAUAGAGAGGAGUUGAAGCUCUCCAAGGACCCUGUGGGUAACAGCGAAGCUUGUAUGGAUGCAGCGUACUUGGACAAGAUCUCUGAGCUGGACUCUAUGAUGGCUGAAGGUGAGAGCUCCAGCAGUCAGGUCUCUCACCUUCCUCUGGCAUCAUCAUCAUCUUCAUCACAAUCUCCAGACUUUGAUGCCACCCAAAUUCCAGAACUGGAUUUCUGUAGCAACCUCUUGGCUGAUCCUGGAACAGCAAGAGAGCACCAAACUGCAUCUUUGACUCCGGAGACCACCCAUUGUGAUGCUGCUACUGCUUCUGAGGAAGAGGCUUCAGUUGUUGAGUUCAGUGACCGAGCUGGAGUUAUGGUGGAAAAUCCCACACAGCCCACCAAGCGCAAGUGUCCCCCAGGAUUGUCCAUCUCC